CAAUGCCAUGUACUGCCUGCGCAAUCACUAUUUCUUGUUUUCAGCAUCUGCGCUAACAGUUCCGUUAGAUUUUAUUUGUUGUCAGGCGAGCAUCAAAACGGCAUCAUGUUCACCGUGGUCCUAACGGCGAUGUUGAGCGGGUUGGUAGCGGGGUCCACACCGCCUCCUCACGGCGACUACGCCGCCACGGCUCGCUACGUGGUUCACAACAACGACUGGGGCAGUCUGGCUUCCAUAUCGACACACCAACCCAUGAAGGGGAAACCUUUCACUAACGUUUUCUCCGUAAGUGACGGUCCUGUGGGUAACGGUACCGGUGUGCCGUACUUAUUCCUAAGUCCGCUAGAUGUCACUGAUCAAGACCUGCAGGUCAACAACAACGCUACCCUGUCCAUGUCAGAGGUGAUGAGCGGGUACUGCGCGAGUCAGAAGUGGGACGCCGAAGAUCCCCGAUGUGCUAAAAUCAUCCUGUCGGGAAAAGUCGUCAAUGUUCCCGAAGCUGAGAUCGACUUUGCCAAAAAUGCCCUGUUCACAAGGCAUCCUAUCAUGGAAGACUGGUUUAAGAUGGAAAGUCACAAGUUUUACUUCGCCAAGAUGCAGAUUGAAGCUGUCUUCGUCUUGGAUUUCUUCGGCGGAGGAAAUAUCGUCACUCCUGAAGACUACUUCAACGCUAAGAUAUAGCUUCAUUCAGGGCCUCAAAGCUUUGUUUUAAAUUAGACAUUUAUUAGAAAAAUCUGACGCACCACUACCCGUUAAAAGCAAACUCUACUUGUGUUUAACCUAAUUUUAAUGGGUUCGAAAUAUGGGGGCCAUUCAGAAGUUUAAAAGUGUAUUUCAAAUUUUGUAAGCACUCAAUUACUCUUCCCAUAACCUUGCUGCACGAGCCAAAUUACGGAGGUGUGAAAGAUUCGUAAAUAGGACCGUGACUUUACCCCCUCUGUCAGCUUUUAUGUAUACUGCAGUUUAUUUCGUACAUUUUUCAGGCCAUCCCAACAAAACCUGUACGUGUACUUUAAUAGACAAGUUGGGCAAAAUACACAAUAUAUUCCCCGAUAUGCGAAAGAGUCGUAAAUGGGAACGUGCAUGUGCCCCCUCUAUCAUAUUCUGUUUAAACUGCAGUUUAUUUUUGCAAGACAUCCCAACAAAACCUCACUCUGACCAGCUGUAUUCAGCUUUGCUGCUAUACUUGUACCAAUCAUAGUCGGCUAAAAACAAAGUGCAAUUAGUGUAACCGAAAUCUAUUGUUUGUGUAUAUCUUGCUUCUCAGAACAACGAGAAAAGUCAAUGGCCGACUAUGUUUAAGUAUAUUUUUUGUUGUUGUCAAAGUCUUUUACAUCUUGAGGGGUUGGGGAAACUCAUCCGGCUUGUCUUAUCGAAGACUAUGUAUUGCAUAUGUAAAGAUGCCAAAAUAAAAUUUUAGUAAUCUCUACCCUA